AUGUCAGGCAGAGACAGGAAGUCAUCUGGAAUAAAGUUCCAUACCAUAUGAAGUGGUGAGAGACGGUGGAAGUGGCAGCAGAGAGGAGUUAUCCGUCUACAAGGAGACCUGUAUAAAACACAUGAGACCUGACCGGAGGAGGUGAGGAGUCACAUCUGAGAGGUCACAUGACAUCACACCCUGGAGAUUAAUAAACACAGACCUGACCGGAGAGAGAUUUCCUCUUCUGAAGUCAGGUGAUCAUAUGACCAUCACAGUGCCUCCAUGUGACUCCCUAAACCCUGAGAGACACAACAUGCAGAAGAUUCUAGAAGUCACCAAGAAGAUGAUGGAGCUGCUGACAGGAGAGGUUCCUAUAAGGUGUCAGGGUGUCACACUGUCUAUUUCUCCAUGGAGGAGUGGGAGUAUUUAGAAGGACACAAGGAUCUCUACAAGGACGUCAUGAUGGACAAUCAGCCGCCCCUCACAUCACCGGGUGUGGGAAAAUGUUUUUCACAGAAGUUCAAUCUUUACACACAUCAGAGAUCUCACACAGGGGAGAAGCCGUAUUCCUGUCCUGAGUGUGGGAAAUGUUUUUCAGAUAAGUCCAGUCUUUACAGACAUCAGAGAUCUCACACGGGGGAGAAGCCAUAUUCCUGUCCUGAGUGCGGGAAUGUUUUUUCAGAGAAGUCCAAGUCUUUACAACAUCAGAGAUGUCACACAGGGGGAGAAGCCGUAUUCCUGUCCUGA